CAAUCACAGCAUAUCGAAAUGCAUCGGUCAGCGGUGCAUUGCGCUCAUUUGCUAUAAUUUUCCUUCUCCAACAAUUAUCAUUUUAAUAAAAAAAAUAAUUCCAGAGGCUAAAUUUGUUGUGUGUGAAAAUGGUCGAGAAUUUUGUGGAUUUUCGGGUGUUUCGAAACAAACGUUCUCUCGCGUAAUUGAGUACACAGUCAAUAAUUGAUCGGCUUGCGUGAACGUAAUUCUUCUACUUCUGAGUGUGCGCAUUUCAUGCAAAAGUGGCGAGCAAUGGCGAGUUGCGUACAUAAUGAAAUCAGUGGACGUCAUUCAGACGACACGAUGGAUGACGAAAACGACGAAAAGGAUAGUACAAAAAGAAAAUCUCGAAAUCUCAGUGAAAAAAAAAGAAGAGAUCAAUUCAAUUUGUUGGUGAAUGAACUUGGAAGUAUGGUGAAUACAAAUACAAGAAAAAUGGAUAAAUCAACUGUGCUGAAAUCAACAAUACUUUUUUUGAAAAAUCACAAUGAUAUUGCUGCGAGGUCGAGAGUGCAUGAAAUUCAAGAAGAUUGGAAGCCUUCAUUUCUCUCGAAUGAAGAAUUCACGCAUCUUAUUUUAGAGGCAUUAGAUGGAUUUAUUAUAGUGUUUUCAUCAAGUGGAAGAAUUUACUAUACGUCCGAAAGUAUCACAUCACUUCUUGGAUAUCUUCCAAGUGAAUUAACAAAUUCCACUAUCUACGAAGUCGCUUAUCAGGAUGAUCAGUCUCACUUGUACAAUGUUUUAUUAAGUCCAAAAAAUACGAGGGAUCAUAGAAAUAACAAAAAAGAUAAUCAAAUAUCUUUCACGUGCCAUAUUAAAAGAGGUGGAAUAGAAUAUUCAGAAGAACCAAUAUACGAACUUGUACAAUUUAUUGGAUACUUUCGUUCUGAUAUGGAUCUAGACAUUGAGUCGAUAAUUCCUACUAAUCAAUUUAGCAACAACUCCGGAGGCGACAGAAAAACCGAAUCGAUGGUCUUUUUUGGAACUGGGCGUCUUCAGACACCUCAGUUGAUUCAAGAAAUGUCGGUUGUUGACAGCAGUAAAUCGGAAUUUAGCUCCAGACACAGUUUGGAAUGGAAAUUUUUGUUUUUGGACCACAGAGCUCCACCCAUUAUUGGAUAUUUACCCUUCGAGGUUUUGGGAACUUCUGGAUAUGAUUACUAUCAUAUUGAUGAUUUGGAUAAAGUUGUAACUUGCCACGAAUCAUUAAUGCAAAAGGGCGAAGGGACAUCGUGCUAUUACAGAUUCCUCACAAAGGGUCAACAGUGGAUAUGGUUACAAACCAGAUUUUACAUAACUUACAACCAGUGGAAUUCAAAACCCGAAUUUAUCGUUUGUACACAUCGAGUUCUCAGCUAUGUGGAUGUCAUAAAACAGAUGAGAAAAAAUGCAGAUGAACAAGUAAAAGUACAAAAUCAGAACGAUGUGCUAUCUUCGUCUAAACCCCAAAUUCAAACGUCAACAUCUUGCCAAAUUCGUCCGGAUUCCUGGUCUUCAAAACGAUCAAAAGCCGGAAAAAAAUUCUCAAAACAGGCUACAACUCGAUGUCUCGGAGAAGAAUCAGACACAACUACCAUAUCUGCUAGAUCUCAAUAUCCUCAAGCGAAUAAUAAACUACCGAUACAACGGGUUGAUACUCGCAACUGUGGACCACCUGCUUCAUUACCUUCACCUUUACCAAGCCAUGAGGCUCUUCAACAACAGGCAAUGGUUAUGUCACCAGCUCAGAAUCAUAUACAAGAUGAGCUACAACGAAAACACGAGGAACUACAACAAUUGAUUGUUCAUCAACAAGAAGAACUUAGAAGAGUUUCUGAACAGUUGCUUAUCGCUAGAUAUGGAAUCUUCUCUCCAAACCUAAAUGUAAACAUACCAAACAGCACAAAUUCUAAUCUACCACAAAAUCCAAUCAUCAGCAGUGCGAGUCCUAGAAUAACUCCACCAGGAGUGAAUCUUGUACCAGCUCCAGUUCCAAUUUCACUACCAGUACCAAUCAACCCAAUAGAAUUAUUUAAUCAACAUGUAGCAGUAAAUCCAGUUUCUAGAGGAAUAUCCAUGACAGAAUUGGAGAACAUGGACCCAAUGCUUCCCCAAUCUCAAAAUCAUCAGCUUCACCAACUACAAACACACCAAGAAUUACCUCAACACCGACAUCAUGUUCAACAAUCAGGUUCUCAUCCUCAUCCUCAACCAGAAGAAAAUCAGAAUUUGAUGAAUUAUCAAAUCUGCCAAUCAGAUGAACUCGUUUACACUAAUAUGAGUUCAAAUACGAAUCACUAGUUGUCCAAAGAAGCGCUUUUCUUAAAAAGAGAAAAUGGUUUCUGAUUUUUUUUCGAAAAGUUAAAUAAUUAGGCUUGAGCUCUAAAAGAACACUAUCGGAUGAUUCUAAAAAAUAAUUUUUAAUUUCCUAUAGACGCUAAAAGCGUCUGUUGCUGAGAAUUUGUUGCUGAGAAUCAAAAAAUUCAUUUGACUUAUAUUUUUAAAAAAUCGAAAAGCGUUUUUACUUUUCAAAAAAAGUGUUUUCAGACCUCGCUAGUGUUGAAUACUGAUACCUUCGGGAACAAAAAUAAAUGUUAACAUUUGGUGAGUAUGUUUAUAAUUAAUGUAUAGUAUUUUGUGUGUUUUAGUACCAGUUGUUAAGAGAAAAUCCAGUACAAACAAUUUUUUGAUGCCAUUUUUAAAGUCUUCCUAGUUUUUUCCAUAUAUACAUUUUAGAUACUCGAAAGGAUCUUAUUUUUCUAUUAGGUAUAUUAGUUGUGAUAGUUUUAAUCACAGCAUAUUUCUCCAAACCUAAAGAUUACUUACCGAACAGAGUGGCCAAAAAAGCAUUCGGAAUGUAUUUUCUUUGAAUUUGUAUGCCUAGAUUUUUUUUUAAAUCCACACAAAAAAAAUAUUUAGAGUGGACGCAAGCCCCAUGAAGUUCAAAAUGUAUUUCCCAUAAGGAAAAAAAUACAUUUUUGUAAAUAUUUUUCAGAAUCGUCAAUAUUGGCUGAAUUGAAAAGACAACAUUUCUAUUCAAAAUUACCCAUAGAAUACGAAUAAAAUGUUCAUUUUUAAAUAUCACCCCCCUAAAUGGAUUUUAUAGGAUCCCAAAAAACCAUAAGUGAAAGAGUAGGUUUUGCGAAUUUUUGGCACUAAUUAUGAUUUUUUUCUUUUUUUCAAUAUAAAUUAUUUCUUGUACAUAAAAUACUACUUUACACAGGUAUUUAGAUGCCUGUAUUAAAUUUUUAAACAAUUUAUUAUUGUUUUUAGCAAUUUUCUCUUAGAAUAUAGAUAGACGCGGUUUUAUCAGGAAAU